GCCGCCGCCAUAGCAUGCCAUAACGAAAACAUUUUGUAAUUCUAGUGUGUUAUCAAAAUAACAGACUAAUUCGGUAAAAUUUAACUCCUAGGAAAUAUGGCAAUUGUAGAAGAUGAAGUUCGUAAUGGAUCAGAAGGUGAGGAUGAAAUUGAAGUGGUUGUCGAAGAAGAAGACGGUGACCAAGAUUCUGACGACUCAGACGAUGACGAUGAUGAUGACGUUGAAGAUGCAAUGGAAAAAGUAAAUGAAUUGGAAAGGAGAAUAGAAGAAGACCAUUAUAAUUAUGAUGAUCAUAUAAGUUUAAUUCAGGCAUUAUGGCGCCUAUCAGACUUAGAUCGAUGGAGAGCUGCAUUUGAUAGACUUCAAAAUACUUUAGUGCUUCGACCAGAACAUUGGCUUCUGAGAAUUCAAACUGAAGAAUCAUUAGCCCAUACAAGUGAAGCUCAGGCAGAAAUAGUUAAUCUUUUUAAACUUGCUACCCUUGAUUGUUAUUCUAUAUCUAUUUUAAGUGAAUGGUACUCAUGGUCAUUAAGUAUUAAUGACGUAACAGAAGUGCGUGGGCAACUUGAAGAAGUGUUACGACGUGCAGGUGCUGAUCCACUUUCAGGAAAAGCCUUUUGGGAUGCCCGGUAUGAGAUGGAAAAAGCACAACUCGAAGCCAUGAGUGAAGAUGAUUCAGAGUAUGAAACACAAAAGAAGCGUGUACUAUGGUGCUUGGAAGAGACUUUGUCGCGACCACUUAUCAGAGGAGAGGAAGUGUGGCAGCCAAUGGAAGAACUAGCAUUACAAUUAUACGACCAGGAGUAUGUGGAUAAGAUAAAAAAGAUCCACGAAGUGGCUGUUGAGUAUUUGCAGAAAAUAACUGGAUUUGAAGAUAAAUUAUUGGUUAUUGAGGAUGUUGAAGAAAAAUACAAAAUGUACCAGGAGUACAUAGAUACAGUGAAGGACUUGGCCCAAAACGAAAAGUAUUCGGAAUGCGACAGUAACGGUAUACUAAAGGUUUUAUACGAUCGCGCCACUACAGAAUGCCUUACGUCGUCUCAAUCGCACGAUCUGUUACUCGCGUACGCACGUCACGUACAACGUACGUCGUCACGUGAAACGAUACAUCGCGUGCUAGACUCGUGCACGCGGAGAUGUCCUCGGAGAUCAACCUUCUGGGUGCUGAAGAUGCAGCAGGCUGAACAUGAGAAUAAGGAGUUUGAUGAGGUAAAAACUAUAUUCGAAACGGCUCUAUCAAAAGGAAUGGAUUCGUACAAGCAAGCUGAGUCCCUAUGGUUAAGUUACUGCGAAUACACACGGCGGAAGACGACCUUCGAUAAUGAACCGGAAGUAGAAAGACUAAGGUCUACGUUUCGACUCGCCUGGGAUUCAUUGGCUGAGGCUUGGGGCGAAGAAGCCAAUGAUUGUGAAGUGCCACUGUUCUGGGCUAGACUAGAAUACAAGAGAAUGAAAGACCCAAAGCAAGGGAAGGAGAUAUUUGAAGAAAUAUUUAAGUACGGUGAGAACAAAACCCUAUCUAAAUAUUGGGAAGCGUUAAUUCACUUGGAAAAGUGCCGAGAGCCACCGGCCAACGAGAGAAGGUUGCGCGAAUUACAUCGGCGAGCUUUACGUAGUGUCACAGAUUAUCCACCGACACUUGUUCGUCUGUGGACAGACUUUGAAAGGGAUACUGGCGAACUACAGACUAUGUUAGAAUGUUCAGAGCUGUGUCAGGCUAAAGUGAAAGAAUGGCGAGACAACUAUCAAGCGAUGAAAGAAAAGAUGACAGGUCAAAAACAAAAAGGAAAACAGUCACAAAACAAAAAGGGAAAGAUAGACAAAAGAAAGCAGGCCAACGCUCAAGGGAAGAGAAAGUCAGGAGAAACACCUGAGGGUAGUGACGUGAAGAGGAAAAGAGAAGGAGAUAUGGAAGUGGAAGAGAGCGAAGGAGAUAAAGUUAGGGGGAGCGGGACGAAACGACGUCAUGAUGAUGAUGAUGAAGGUGAUAAUAAACGUCAACGUAAAGAAAGUACGAGCGAGACGAAGCGGUUUGGUUCGAGAGAGGCUUGUACUCUAUUUGUUAGCAAUCUUGACUUCAAGGUAGACGAAAAAAGCCUACGUGAAAAGUUAUCUGAGUUUGGUAAAAUUGUGUCGAUGAGGGUAAAAGCUGGAGUCAAAGCUUUCGGUGGAUCUAUAUGUUACUGCCAGUAUGAGACGCCGGAAUCAGUAGACGAAGCAGUAAAACAUGACCGUGUACCGUUAAACGGUAGACCUAUGUUUCUUUCGCGGUAUACGGCGACGAAAAGCACACCUACAUUCAAAUAUCCCACCGCCGUUGAGAGGAAUAAGUUGUUCGUAAAGAAUUUACCAUUUUCCCAUUGCACUAAAGAAGCUCUUACUGAGAUAUUUGAUAAACACGGUGCUUUAAAGGACGUACGAGUCGUCACUUUCAAAGAUGGAAAACCCAAAGGCCUUGCAUACAUAGAAUACGAAGAUGAGGCAUCAGCAAACACUGCGUUGGAAAAGACAACUGGUCUACUAGUCGCGGAUCGGAAGAUAGAUGUCGCUAUAAGCGCACCUCCGCCAAAGAAAGACGCAGGACAAGCGAGUCUUGGCUUGCCCAAACGAGAUACGGGAGGAGGAAUGAGACGGACACAGCUCAGUAGUUUCAUACCAAGCGUGCUUCAAAAGGCAUCGACAAGUAAUGGCAAUGGCUCAGCCAAUGGCGAUAAACGACCGCUCUCUAACCACGACUUCAGAAAUCUUCUGCUCAAAAAGUGAUGCGAACCAUACAUAGUUUUGUCCGAUUUGUAUAGUAAAAGCGUUAUUCACAAUGAAAAAAGUUGAUUAUUCUCGCUCUCUGGGCCGAAUACUCAUAAAUAAAAAUCAUUAAAAUGAAGAGGCUGUUCUCUCUGUGUUGGCGAAAGUAAGGUUUGGUUUCCAUUCCCGGCCGAAGGUUAUGUGAGCGUUCAUAGGCUUGGCUGAAAAUGAUCAAUGAAAAAUAAACAAUAUGUGUGCCCCAUCUUGUUACGGGUGAGAAGCUGGAGUGAAGGUUAAUCCGACAUUUUUAUACUACACACAAGAACAAAGAAAUUGAAUAUUUUUUUAACAGCUAUUAACAUUUCUUAAACAAAACAUACAUAAUUUAAGUCUAAACGGGUUAACAAUUUCAUGUAGUUUUGUCUUUUGUUAACGUAGCUUUUACACAUAGAGAAAACACUUUUUAAACGGAUUGAAGCUAUGUAUUAUUAUAAACUUAUAAUAAUAAUAAAUAUCUCCCGACGUGUCGCGCGCUUCAGAGCGUGCGUGAGACACCGUGACCACGCGUUAUUCAACACCACGUGUUGAAUGUCAAAAGUAUCACAGCUGUAGAUAAAGUUGUGUUAUCUGUAUUUAUUUCCCCAGAGUUGGUAUCGACUAACAGAUGACGGGAUUUUUGCAACAAUGACUCACGGUAUAAGUUUUUAAUAAUAAUGCAUAGCUUCAAUUCGUUUAAAAUGUGUUUUCUUAACAAUUUCAUGUGUUAGUUAAAUAUUUAAGUCAAGUUAACCAAUAUAUUAUUGGGGUCUUCUCAUGAAUUACAACGAUAGAGUGGCUUUCUUUUUGGUAUACAAUAAUUAUUUGUAAGUGUUGGUACUACGCAAUCAAUAACGAUUGUCUUUGAAUUUAAAAUUAAGAUUGCUUUUCCAUUUCACAUUUGUAGGAUAUAAUGAGAUUUAUGGUCACACAGUACGCUCUUUUUUUCAUAUACGUACAUACAUUACAUACGUAAUUUCAAUAGUGUUUUCGUGAUCACAAGUUUCACAAUCGGGAUCAUUUUUAAGAGCCAUUUUCUUAUUGAGCUAAUAAUUGAUUUUACGUGGUAAGCUACAUUUGCUUUUUAAAAGAUAAUGUAGAAUAACUAACCGUUACUUUAGAAAUAUUUAUAUAUUAGAAAUUUUUGUAUUUUAGAGUCAGCUGGCUGCACUAUAAUUACGUUUUUAAUCGCAAAAUACCAAUGACAGCUGUCAUUUCUUGUAUGUUAAAAUUAUAGAACGAUUUGUUAGUAAAUUUAACGGCUCGUUCUGAAAUACCGGGCCCUUUGCCAAAAACUGAUUUGUAACUUUCAGUAGCUAUCCCAACUGUACUAUUUUAGUAUUUGACGCAAAUUAUAAAGGUACGUGGCUGAAAUUUCACAGAUUAUAUUUAUAGUAGAUCCCUACAUCGCAUAAAAUCCCGUACAAGAUAGUCUCCUGAAAAGGCAAAUUUAAAUUUAUAUCCAAGUCCACCCUAUAGUGCGAUCAACUUACUAUACAAUUAAUAUUUAGCUAGAUCUCCUUCAAUAUUCAGAGGAAGUUAACUAAUUAGUUUCCGAUUACCGUCAAUAUUUUUACCUUACUAUAGUUGUAUACAGGAUGUACAAUUAAUAAACGUUAAGCAAAAGUCGGGUGAUGGGGAAUGACAAAGGCUUACCUGAGUCCAGAAAAUUAAUUUAAAAAAAUCUAUUUUCUUUGGCUACUUACAAAAAAAUAUUGUAAGUGUAUUUUUUUUUAACACGGUCGAAUAGUUUCUAAAAAUAAUUUAAUUAAUUUUCUUUGUUUCACCUAU